AUGGCAACCGUCAGUCACUUUUUACCGUCGUCUCAGGAAUUUUAUAAUGAAUUACAAGAAAGAGCUGAUUUGGCUGAGAGCAGGAGACAUAAAAGGUUUCUUGCAGUUUUAUUACUGCAGCGAAUGACACGAGGUUACUUAAUUAGAAAGCAUAUUGCUUGGCUAGCAGAGAAUGCUACAACGAUACAAUGUGCAUUAAGAAAACACAGGGCUCGUAAAGCAUACCGCGCGGCCUUGAGAAGGGCGGUGCGAUAUAAACACGCUAAACAUUAUGACAAAGCAGCAAGGACUAUACAGUCUCUUUGGCGUGGACACUAUUCGAGACGCACAAAGUUUUGUUAUCGAUCUUAUAGAAAAUGGCUUGCAAUAGUAACGGAACGGAGAGAGCGUCGUGCGGCAGAAGCUGCAGAAUUUGGUGUUAGAAGCAGAGCAGAUGAUUUGAAAAUUUUAGAGGAAGAAGCACGGCAAUGGCUAGCUUUCGUUGUGUUUAAAUUACAUCAUUUACUUAGAACCUAUGUCUGUUCUGGAGUUUAUUCGGAAACUGCCAGCAAUGAGCUUUCAGAGUUUGAAAAAUUAUUAAAAUCUAUUCAUUAUACUGAAUAUAUGAAAAGAUUAAAACGGAAAUACAAUGAAUUUGUAAGAAAGCAUCGACCACGAUUUUCUAACAAAAGGCUUUUUCCUGUCAUUGGGGAUGGUUCAGAAUAUUGGUAUCUUUCACUGCCCGAAAUGUAUGAAUUAACAAAGCCAGUACCAAAAAAAGAAGACACCCGACAUCUUGCCAUGCAUCAUGGUCCCCAGCAUGAAAAGCCAUUUUUAUGGAAAAAAAUUAGGUCUGGCACAAUCAAUUCCAGCAGAGGACCUUUCACAAUGACAAGGAAACCAAGACCUUCUUCGCCUCCUCCGCCAGCACCUACUCCUAAUGGUGAUAGUAAACCGCAAAAAGAUCCUCGUUUUCAUCUAUACGUCAAACAUUACACUCCCCAACCGGAUCUCAUAGACUAUGUGGACUACCACAUAAACGCCUUACUAGCCAGGAAAUGUUCAAUACAAAAUGUAGACGAAGAGUCAUAG